UCACCUCUCCAAAUCGAAGGAAUUUUGAUUAUUUUGGUCUAACUUCUUUACCACGGCGCUGGAUCGCGACCUUUAUGCCUCUACAUAACAACCCAAGUUAUUAUUACCUACACAAGCAUUAACGAAAAAAAACCCCCCAAGUCCUCACAGUAUGGAAUUCUUGAUGAACCAGAUAAGACCAUCUUUUACACAUUCAACAGCAACUAAUGAUUUGAUCAUCAAUGGUUGGACUCCACUUAAACCCCAGAAGCAGGCUUUCUCUACCUCAUACAUAUCUUUUUCUUUUUAUAUUUUUUGUUUGUUUUUCUUUGCUGAACGCCGAAAGCCUUUUUUUUUUCUUUUGGGCACUGGUUUUUCUCUUCUCUCUUUUAUCACUCAAACCAUCCCUUUGUGAGUCUGCGACCACACCCUUGCCUGCCAGGCGAUAAGAAAAAAAAAAUGAGGGCACAGAUUCAGUAUUGUAAAUGAUGAUGCCAAAAAUAAAAACAUAUAUAAUAUCCAAUUGGCUGUGCGACACUCGGUGGAACGGAAUGGAUGAAGCCUUAUUUUUGACAAAAUCUGUUCUUCACCAGGUUGCGU